AUGAAUUUAAAUGGAAACCUUCAUAAAGAACAAUGUUUACCGGCUUUGUAUUUAAUGCAAAACCCAGUUCCAGCUCUACUAGAAAAUCAGAUAUCAGCUCCAGAGGGUGAUCUUAUUUCAUUUAAUGAAGAUUCACUAACGUAUCAGCCAGCCCAGCCGAAGGGAGUAAAUGCAUCAGCAGUUAACCUUUUAACUGAAGAUAUUUCAGAUAUAGAAGCUGAGGCAGAAUAUGAUAUCGCUGAAGAGGAGCUGGAUAUUCAUUUCAAAAAAAACAAGAAUCCAUACAUUAAUAGAAAAUCAAAAACAGAAAAUUUUAACAAAGGUGAGGAUUGUGAUUACUAUGUAUUUGUUCCUAAAGGAUAUUUUUCUGAAGAAGAAGUAUUUCUCGAGAUAAGUGCAUUCAGGCCACUACGUGGUAGUAACUAUUUAUCUUUACUAGAAGCUUUGGAUAAACAUCAACUAGGAUUAAUUAAUCUGCAAAAUAAUGAUGAUAAUGAGUAUUUUAAAUGGUGUAUAAGUGCAUAUCAUAUAAGAAAGGAAGUAUUAAAAGCUAAUAGGAAACCACCACAUCUUAAUGAAAUUCGAAGACUUAAGUGA